UGUCACAAGACACCACAGAAUGUGCAGGAAGUGGUUCAUUAUAGUUUCUGCACGUUUACUCUUUUAGCUGUCUGUAGGCGUAGACAAGAACCUCAUAGGUGCCUGUACAGGUUCCACAAGGUGCUGUUGAGACAGCACAUUGCUUGAAAUCAUGAAUAUUAUCACCGCUCUUCUGUGUGCUCUCACAAAUCAAGUCACAAGCCAAGCUAACGAUAUUUUUCCCGCGAGGAUCCUGGCCCAUCAGAAAACUAUAAGCGAGAGAAGUGACCUUUAUGUAACCUGCAGCACAUUUGGAUCCAAGAAACACACCAGGGUUCAUGUUUAUUUAUGUAAGGAUGGUGUUGGAAUCAGUAAAAAGAUCCAGAAGCAAGAUCAAAAUGAUAGCACCUUCAUCAUACAAAGAGUUGAUCUUCGUCAAAGUGGAAAUUACAGCUGUGUUUACUCCAUAAGGAAUUAUUCACUUUCCCAAGUAAACAAGAGAGGAGACAACAUCAUUCAGAUUCUGGUUAUAGCCUAUUUUCUCCCUGCAGAUCUCUCAGUAGCUGGGCCGUCCACUGUCAGUGAGGGAGACAAUGUUGAAUUCAGAUGCACUCUUUCUGACACCCUGCAAACACUCGGUGAAUGUCAACUCAUCCAUUCUUACCUGAGGAGGAAUGAGACCAUCCUCCAAGUGCAAGCAUUUAAUGUCAUGCGGAUGGAGGCGACUUUCACCAUCGAAGGUGCCGUCAUGAGGGAUUCGGGCCAUUACAGCUGUGUGGUGCUGCCAUCUAAAUGCAUCCAAGAGCACGAGGAAGCACUCUAUGGAAAUAACGCAGUAUUACUCGAGGUCAAAGCGAGUUUGCUUCUCAGAAUGACUGUCUCCUGUGGAGUGGUAACCCUGAUGUUAUUACUGGGCCUGUGUCUGUGGUGGAUCAACAAACAAGGGUUUUUUUCCAUUUCGACAGACUCCUCAGCCUUGUACAAUCCAUGUGUGGUGAGUCAGCAGGCAAAUACAGACAUGUUGGAGGAACAGCAGGAGCAGACAGAGGGAGAAGAUCUGGAAGCAGAAGAUGAAGAUUCUUUCAACAUGGAGGAGGAAGAAGGGUAUCAGAAUGUUGUGGAUGCUGAGGACUCUGACAACAUUGAGGGAGUGUACAGUGUUGCAGAUGAGAGUGAUGAUGAUUAUGAGGACAUUGAUCAGCUGUGUGCCAGCUGACCAAUUUUGAGUGCUAAAGAUGACCCACCUGCAAGACCAAAUCCAGCAUGUUUGUAUGCCACAACCUCCAAAAGGAAAAAACACCAGAUCCAGGACAGGAUUUCACUUAAAUGCACAACUGGAACUCCUGCCUGUGUUGCACCCCUGUUUUGUUUGUUUUGAAUAAUAAACACUGCAGGUGGUGUAAAUUGUGUUGAUUGAUUUGACUUUGUAUUAAACAGUGUGGAAAACAAAUCUUUCCUCAUCUCACAUUUAAUCAUGUAAAACAUAUGCUAAUAGAAUUAAAACCUACAUAAAUACCCGAUUUUGUGAUUUAAGAGAUACAUUUGGACAUACUGUAUAUGCAUACCAUUCAAGAAGAACCUGAUGGUGGAAAACCAGACUCGAUUGUUAAUACUGAUGCAUCAAUCCAUAAACAACAUUUUACUGUCGUAGCUGGAGCUUGUUUUAACUACUAGAUAUACAGUUAGCUUGUUUAGCCCAGUGGUUACUAACCUAAGGAUUGGGCCAUCUCCAAAAGGAUCACAAGAUAAAUCUGCAGGGUUGCAAUGUGAUUAACGGGGUAGGAAAAAAGAAAGCUUCUGAUACACAAAUCUGUAUUAUUUUUUGAUGCUGUCAUUUGUGAAAUAUUGAAUAGUUUUACCUCUCUGGGCCUCUAAAAGUUAUUUAAAGUAUACCAUCUGAGAAGUUUAGAGGGGAAAUGGCUCUCAUGGAUAUCCCAAUGUUGACAAGGGACCAGACUACACACUGCUUUUUUUGUAAGGGGUCACAAGCAAAAAAGGUUGGGAACUACUGGUGUAUUUUUAACAAUGUAUAGUAUAUGCUUGUCACAUGUUGUUUUAGGUGAAAUUUUAAUCUGCAAAGUAACUUGUAACUCCAGCUGUCAAAUAAAUGUGGUAAAAAGUACAAUAUUUCCCUCUGAAUCGUAGUGGGGUAGAAGUAUAAAGUAGAAGAAAAUGGAAAUACUCAAGUUAAUUACAAGUACCUCAAAUUUGUAUUUAAGUACAGCAGCUGAGUAAAUGUACUUACUUUCUACCACUGAACCUGAUCUCAGCGUUGAGUGAUGACUACAGCUACAGAAUCAAAGCCUAACUACUUCUGCU